CUCGCCUUUCGGCUCCGCCUCGUUCCCUGCAAGACUUUGUCUUCUUCUCUCUCAAUCCCGAUCGUCAUCGCCGCGAGAUUCGCCUUUAUAACUCGCCUUUCCGGUAGCCCAGCUCGACUCCAUCCCGCCGAGUCGAGCGCAAUGAGUCUACUCAGGCGAGUCGACGUCAGGGACCCUUUCUUCUGCCGGCCCUCCUCCUUCGUCGCCGAGGCCGCCGUGUUCGCCCCGGGAGCCUUCGCAUUCUCCCCGUUCCUGGAGGAUCCCGAGGACAUCUGCCUCGCGCUCGACCUCCUGAGCCCUAACCCUACCCCUGCCCCUACCCCCUUCGACCUCCUCGACACCGUCGAGGACCUGGUCCGGAUCGAGCGGACCCCGCGCUCCGCCUCCUACCGGAGGGUCCUCCAGCGGGUCAGGCCCGAGCCGCACUACCUGCAGCCCCUCUGCGACCGCGUCUCGGCUCUCGAGUCCAGGUUCGACCGCCUCGUCAGCGCCGCGGCCUCCGCCGAUCGGAAGUACACCUGGACGGCGGAGAUCGAGGGGGAGGAGGCGGACCGGAAGUACAAAUGGACGGCCGAGAUCAAGUCCGGGAAGAAGGAGAAGGAGAAGGAGAAACAGAAGGAGAAGGAGAAGCAUCACCACCAUCAGCUUCAUCAUCACCUUCCGCAUCACCGCGGUGGAGCGAAGAGCUACAAGUGGACUGCGGAGAUCAAGGAGAAGGGCGAGGAGGGGUAUACACGGACGUACACGUGGAAGUCGUCGACAGGUGGCGGCCACGAUGGCGAGGCCAAAUCGCACAGGGACAAGAAGGAGAAGAAGAAGGAGAAGGAGAAGAAGAAGGAGGAUAAGUGCGCCACGCGUGUGGUGGAGGUCGAAGAGCCCAGCCGCCGUCAUGGAGCUGUUGUUUUGAGACAGGCUUUUGCCAAGAGAACUGAGACUAUCCGAAGGGUGAGGGGAAAGAAGAAGGAGCUGUCUCCUCUAGAUGCAGCUGUAAUGAUCCAGAUGAGCUUCAGAGCUUAUCUAAUCCGUAGAUCCCAGGCUCUUCGUGCCCUUAGAGAGCUGGCAGUAGCCAAGUCUAAGUUAAAGGAAAUUCGGGGGCUUUUCCAUAAUUUCUCCUACCGUCGUCGUGUUGCUCAUGAUGCAGAGGAGCGUCAAAGGUUCGCUGAGAAGAUCAUUGUUCUGCUCCUAACCGUUGAUGCCAUUGAGGGAGCUGAUGUGAUGGUGCGGACCGCAAAGAAAUCAAUGAUAGACGAGCUGGAAGCAAUGCUGGAUGUGGUGGAUCCCCAGCCCCCGGGAAAAUCACUUUCCAUGAGGAGGACUUUUGAUGUGCCUGAUGGGGUCAUCCAGAAGGAAAUUGCAGAUGGCGUGGCACAAAUUGUGAAAAUGCUUGACCAGGAGGAGAACAGCACCACCACUUCAGAGGCUUAAUUGUCUGCGGAUCUCUCUUCGGGUGUCCUUGACCGCGGUUGAAGAUAAUGAUAAUGUUGAAGCAGUGAUCCAUUCAAUUAGAGGUGGUAGGAGAAUGAGAAUGGCCGAGUUCCAGGUUCUAAUUCGGUCCUACUUGAAAGCCCGUUUGUCAUAAUUGGACAUCUUAGUUCCAUCCGAUAUAUGGCCCAAGUUAAAGAGAACAGCGUCAUAACUUGGUCCAGUCAAUCGUUGAUUCUGUUUCCCCUCGCCCUUGAUGCUCUUGGCUCAUGGAAACUAGCAAGCUAGCGACAUCAUUUCAAUCUUAUUAACGCCUGUUAAAA